AUGUUCUACGACCUGAACGUGCCUUGGGCUCCCAAUGAUCCGGAAUUACAGAGGACGCUCGCUUUUCUGGACGAACUGGGAUACAACGUCGUUGCGCUCACCCAUACAAUUUCUGGCAAGCUGCCUUCAGAUAUUAAAUGUCCCAUACCCUCACCCCUCCCGUUCCCCACGCCAGGAAAACUGCGCCUCCUCCGCCGCUGCACGCUCGCCCUCUCCGACAGCAACCAGAACUACCGCCUCUCAGCCCUUUCCGCCGCCUACGACAUCCUCGCCAUCCGUCCAACGGACGAGAAGACGCUCCAGCAAGCCUGUCAGACGCUCGACUGCGACAUCAUCUCCCUCGACCUCACCGUCCGCCUUGGCUACCACUUCAAAUUCAAGACCCUCUCCCAAGCGAUCGAGCGGGGCGUCAGGUUCGAGAUAUGCUACGCGCCCGGCGUCUUAGCCUCCGAUAACAUGGCGAGGCGGAACUUGAUUAGCAAUGCUACGCAGCUCAUUCGUGCGACACGAGGACGAGGGCUUAUAAUCAGUAGCGAAGCGAGACGGGCGGUUGGUUGCAGAGGCCCGUGGGAUGUCGUCAAUCUGGCCGCGGUCUGGGGACUGGGUCAGGAAAGAGGCAAGGAGGCGAUCUCGAAAGCAGCGCGGUUCGUCACGGUCAGUGCGCAGCUGAAGCGUUCCAGCUACAGAGGCGUUGUGGACGUUAUCUACGGCGGCGAGAAGCCCGAGGUGCCGAAGGAAGAAGACAAGGGCAAAAAUUAUGGGUCCAAGAAGCGGAAGGCGGGAGUGGGCGACGGUAAAGAAGCACCUCUUUCGAAGCGCGAACUUAAGAGGCGAGAGAAGAAGGCACGCAUGGAGGCUAGUGCCCCGUCCUGUUGCAAUGACUCGGCGUCAACGCCAGGUCAAGCUACUUCGACCGCUCCAUGA